CUACAGUGCGUCAAGAAUGGAAGUGUGCCAAUGGCCCCUUUAUCCGAUCUCGCCAUUUUCCUCAAUUGUGUAAAAUUCGCUCACGUCAAACGUCGCUCGCCCAUCGUCAUUCGUUAGACGCCGAUCGCAAGUAAUAUAUCGCGUCGACGAGAACGCAUACGUGAAGUAAACACGAGUACCGCCGACAACGGCGUUUCCAGCAGCAAUGAAUCAACCGCGAAAUUUUACAUCGCUGCUGAAUCCGAGUUAUCUGCAGAACGCUCAGCAACAGCAAAGCACCACGGGUGCUACGAACACGGCGACGGCCGCAGCCGCUGCAGCGGCGGCGGCGGCGGCAGCCGCUGCUGUUUCCGCCGCGAUAGCAAACGGCACGCAGGCAAACGCCAAUUCGCCCAGCAUUACAAACCGCAAGCGAGAGGCAGAGGGAGAUGGUAAACAGGAGAAAGAAACAAAAGAGGGAGAACGUAAGAAGAGGAAAAAGACUAGAUGGAGUGGUAGCGAACAUGACAAAACAUUUAUACCAGGGAUGCCUACGGUACUACCAACAAAUCUGACUCCUGAACAGGAGAAAGCUUAUCUCUUUCAGCUGCAGAUUGAGGAAAUCAGCAGGAAACUACGCACUGGAGAUCUUGGAAUUCCACUUAAUCCCGAGGAAAGAUCUCCCUCUCCAGAGCCUAUUUACAGUAGUGACGGUAAACGGUUGAACACAAGAGAAUAUCGCACAAGACGUAAAUUGGAAGAAGAACGUCAUAAUUUGAUUCAAAAGAUCCUCAAAAUCAAUCCAGAGUUUAAACCACCACCAGAUUAUAAGCCACCAAUAAUACGAGUUCAUGAUAAAGUAAUGAUUCCUCAGGAAGAGCAUCCUGAUAUAAAUUUUGUUGGCUUACUUAUUGGACCACGCGGAAAUACGCUAAAAUCUAUGGAAAAAGAAACAGGCGCAAAAAUCAUAAUUCGCGGAAAAGGGUCUGUGAAGGAAGGGAAGGUUGGCAGGAAGGAUGGGCAACCUUUACCAGGCGAGGAUGAACCUUUGCAUGCAUAUAUUACUGCAAACAAUUUAGAUGCCGUGAAAAAGGCUGUGGAAAGAAUACAUGAGAUUAUUCGGCAAGGUGUCGAAGUGCCAGAGGGCCAAAAUGAUUUACGACGUAAUCAAUUGCGUGAGUUGGCUUUAUUGAACGGAACUUUACGCGAGAAUGAUGGACCGCGUUGUACCAAUUGUGGAGCUUCGGAUCAUAAAUCUUGGCUGUGUCCAGAUAAGCCAAAUGUAACAAACAAUAUAGUAUGUUCGAGUUGCGGUGGUGCGGGACACAUCGCUCGAGAUUGUAGAUCGAAGAGACCUGGUCAGGGUGGUCCGACUGCCGCCGGAAUAGGAGGAAUGAGUCAGGCCGGAGAUAAAGCCAAGAUAGACGAGGAAUACAUGUCGCUAAUGGCAGAAUUGGGAGAAGGCCCACCACCGGACAGAUCAAAGACAGGUCAAGCUAGACAGAAUCCUAAUCCCAAUUAUCCUGGACUUUUUGACAGACAACAGCCACCUCGCGCGUUAAUGGCUGCCCCAGCACAUCCACCGCCGCAGAUGAUGCAAGGCGGUCCGAUGAUGCCACCGCCAGGUAUGGCGCCGCCCCCACCGUGGAGCCAAGGUGGCGAAGGGAUGAAUAAUAUGAACAUGCAAUGGCAGCCGCCAGUGAGUAUGCCGCCACCACCAGGAGUGAUGCAACCGCCCCCGCCACCGCCUGGCUCUACCACGCAGCCUAACAUUCCACCGUUAAUGCCGUGGAUGGCCGGAAAUAAUCAGCCACCGCCGCCGGGCCAGAUGCCACCCACGCAGAUUCCGCCACCCGGGAUGGGCAUACCGCCGUGGCAACAGGGUCAACAGGGACCGAUGCGACCGCCACCGCCAGGCACGGCACCGCCUCCCGGAUUCCCAGGCGGAUGGCAGCCGCAACAGAUGGGUGGCUGGCCACCAGCUGCCCCCGUUCCACCUCCGCCUCAACAACAGACACCAGCACCGCCCGGAAUUGACCUGAACACGCUGCCGACGUUGCUGGCGCAGCCGCCACCGCCACCUCCGCCCACCAGUUAGUCCUAAUCGCGUAAUGAUUGAAUGAAUGACUUCCGAUUCUAUACAUUAGCGAGAUAAUAUCGAUUGAGAUUGAUGGACGAAAGUUAAAAGAAAAAGGAAUCUGGAAAAAGUAUUGUCCAAAUAGAGUAAAAGAAGAUAAGGAUAAAACAAGAAAGUAGAGAAUUAAACGAUGAAAUUAUAUUGCAAUUUUAAUUUGACUUAUCAGUUUUUCUUUUAAAUGAUGUUUUGAUACAAGGGUAUCAAAAUCAUGACAUAUGAUCAUUAAGAAAGAAAAGAGAAUUCUGUGUGAAUUAUGUACUUUAGAGACAGUGGACAGACGAUAUGCCGAUAAAACUGGAAACGUAAAUCAUAUGCGUCAAUGGAACACUUAGUUUUAACUAGAUACCAAUUUUAACUUGCUGCAUGUAAGAAACUCUGUUAAUAAUAUUAUCAAACAAUGCACGCGAAUUUUCUCUUAAGAGCACAAAUGUAAUUGAUUCUUAUAUAUAUAUAUAUAUAUAUAUAUAUAUAUUUUUUUUUUUACUUUAUUCCAUUUCUAAAUAUCGCUUCUGAAAUUGGAUCUAUCAAUGUUGAAGAAUUGUAACAUAGACAAAAAAAAAUUUGUUCAUAUAUUUUAUUUAUAUAUAAGUAAUAUAUGCGC